AUGGAUGCAGAUGGCCAACAAUGUUAUCGUUCUCAGUUUGGUGCAGCAAAGUUUUCUCGUGUGCGAUGGCUUAAUCUCGGAGGACAGCAAAAGAAAUUCCUGACCUCAACCUAUGACUUUCGAAACAAAGAAAUAGCUGCAUGGUCACUGGUUGAAGAUGCUAAAGUAACGGAUGACUUAUUCUCGUGUGAAUGCAGAUUAAUGGUUGACGCAGACGUGAAUGAUUUGCUCCUAUAUGAUGGAAUGAAAUUUGCGGCUGCGAUGAAUGAUGGUUCAGUGAAGUUAUUAGAAUAUGAUGAAGGUGUCAUUAAACCUAUGAAGAAAUAUACUGAUGUGCACGGUGGUUGUCCUUGUAAUGCACUGUGUUGUAACAGUGGUAAGAUCAUCUGUGGUGGUGAGGGUGGAAGUUUAGUAGGUAUCGACUUGGACGGCAAUGCUAAGGAAGUUGUCUCUUUGAGUAUGGCAAGCAUACGUUCAUUAGCAUCAGUCGCACGGGAUAUAUUUGUAUCAGCUCAUCUAGAUGGACAAGUUUGUUUAUGGGAUCUCAGAGGAGAAGCGGAAUCAUCUCGACCUGUAUUUUCAUGCAGAGUUACCGACUGUUUCCAAGGUACUACAUCAGUUGCUGCUCAUCCUGCCGAGCCUAAUUUGGUUGGUUUUGGUACUGAGGACGGUGGUAUUGGUUUUCUCGAUACACGUCGAAGUAGUUGUUUGUUAAAUGUUGUUGCAGUUUCUUUUCCAGUUGGCACAGUCUGGGAAGUAGCCUUUCAUCCGGUUUAUCCAUCAAAUUUUUAUUGUGCAACUGGUAAAGGACAUCUGCUGCAUCUAAGCGUUAAGGGAUCUGGUCUUUCCAGUUCGAUUUCAAAUUUUAACAGUCAGUCGCGAGCGAAUGCAUGGCUUUCACCAUCAGUUCGUUCUGGGAAUGCCAGUGUCACUGCUCUUAUUGAUUGUUUGACAUCAGUAAGCACUUUCAGCGUGUCGACGAAUGGAAUUAUCGCUUGUUCAGACAAUCAGAUGAUUACUUAUAUCGAUAAGAAAUAUCUGGCAUAA